CAUUGAUCAACACUAACAUACGCCAUAAGCGCAAGAUCUACAUCUAGUUGCUAACAUCCGCUGCGCGCCAGGUUAUAUAAUUUACGCCUCUACGGGCCAGGGCCAACCCCUCCAUCCAACGAUAACACCACUACGUAUUUUUUUCCAUCCGAUAGGCUGUUUCACAUAUUCAGGGCUGCCUGAACCCUAAUUUCUCGAUUCUUCCAUCAGCUCUGGUUGUAGCGCGGAAUGUCGUCCGUUUCCAGCCAGCCUCAGUUCCGCUACACUCAACCUCCAUCCAAGGUUCUCCAUUUGAGGAAUUUGCCAUGGGAAUGUACUGAAGAGGAACUGAUCGAACUGGGGAAGCCAUUUGGAAGAGUUGUUAACACAAAGUGUAAUGUUGGAUCCAAUCGAAACCAAGCUUUUAUAGAAUUCGCCGAACUGAAUCAAGCUAUUGCCAUGAUAUCGUAUUAUGCAUCUUCGUCUGAGCCAGCUCAGGUACGAGGGAAAACCGUCUACCUACAAUAUUCCAACAGACAAGAGAUAGUCAACAACAAGACUACUGCAGAUGUUGCUGGAAAUGUGCUUUUGGUAACAAUUGAGGGGAAUGAUGCUCGUCUUGUCAGUAUUGAUGUCCUUCACUUGGUAUUUUCUGCAUUUGGGUUCGUUCAUAAGAUUACUACCUUUGAGAAGACUGCUGGUUUCCAGGCUCUAGUGCAAUUUUCUGAUUCAGAGACCGCCUGUGCUGCCAAGGAUGCCCUCGAUGGAAGAAGCAUUCCAAGCUAUUUGAUUCCAGAGCUGGGACCAUGUUCACUUAGGAUCACAUAUUCUGCACAUACGGACCUCAGUGUAAAAUUUCAGAGUCAUCGUAGUAGGGACUACACCAAUCCUAUGCUACCCGUUGCUCCUUCAGCUAUAGAUGCAAGUGGCCAGGUUAGUCUUGGAGCUGAUGGAAAAAAACUGGAGCCGGAGAGCAAUGUUCUACUUGCUUCCAUCGAAAACAUGCAAUAUUCUGUCACCUUGGACGUUUUAAAUACGGUCUUCUCAUCAUUUGGGCCUGUCCAAAAAAUUGCCAUGUUCGAUAAAAACGGGGGUCUUCAAGCUUUGAUUCAGUACGCUGAUGUCCAGACAGCUGUUGUUGCAAAGGAAGCCUUGGAAGGACAUUGCAUAUAUGACGGUGGUUACUGCAAGCUUCAUAUCUCGUAUUCUCGACACACUGAUCUCAGCAUAAAGGUCAAUAACGACAGGAGCAGAGACUAUACCAUUCCCAUCGCUCCUGUCCCUGUUGUGAAUACUCAACCGUCGAUACUGGGACAGCAGCCAUAUCAAGGGGGAGGUCCAGGUGGUCAUGCAUACAGCGGACCACAGUAUCCUGUGGGGCCCGAUCCUCGUGCAAUGCCACCUCAUUCAGCUGGUUGGAAUCCAGCAAUACCUCAGUCUAUGCCAAUGCAGAUGCACAAUUACCCUUACGCCCCUCCUCCUGGAGGUAAUCCUGCAAUGGGGCCCGGCCCGUUACGUUCUCACCCCCAGAAUGGGCCCCCACACUCGUCUCCGAUGCACCCAUAUCAUCAUCAUCAUCCUCAUCCUCGUCAAUAGCACAAGUUUGGUGCUGGUUUAAAGAAUGAUGGUUUUGAGUUGCGAAAAAAGCAAGAUUCUCUAGUAGUGAAAGAUGAAAUGUGCUCCAUUUUUAAACAUGAAUAUGUUUAUGGGUUUCACACUUGGAUGGGGUGUUAUACAUUUUCAGCUUUUCUAUUGCUUGUUUCUCUACUUGAUGUGGCUUUAAUGUACAUCUUACUUGAACUAUAAAAUAAUAUAAUUGAUUUUUUUUUUUAAA